CACGCUGAGCUCACACAGGAGCUGAGCUGAGAGGCAGAACGUGUGGGGCUGAGCUCUGCCCUGGGACCGUCUGGGAACAUGGCCCUGCAGGUGUCAGCUCUGGCCCUUCUCCUGGCCCUUCCGCCGCUGCUGUCUGCCCAGGGAAUGGCACCCAGUCCCAGCCCCACCAAGACUCCAGGCACGUGCAGGAGGGAGGGAGCCUGGACCACGAAGGUGACAUUUCCCCCCGAGCAGACGGAGGUUCGGGUGAACGACACGGUGCUGGUGACGUGCGCCGAGGAGCCUGAAUCCGGCCCGUUCCCUGCAAACUGCACAGCGCUGAAGGACCGUGGGGCAGUCUGGGAUAUCAGUGGAGUCAAGUGCCUCAGGAUGUGCAAUGACUGGGUGAGGCAGGUGGAUUUUGACCUUGCACAGACGGAGUUUGGCGUCGGGGCUGAGGGUCGGGUGACCUGUCGUCAGCAGUUCCAGCAGAACUCGUUCAGUGUGACGUGCAGAGAGACGGAGUCGGGACGCUUCGAGUGGGAUUUGGGUGCACACAAGUGUGUCAGAAAAUGUGAGAUACCCAGAACCUGGGACUCCAGAUUGCAGUUUGCCCCCAAGACGCAGUUCUACGCCCCAGGUGAAUUGGUGACGCUGAGCUGCCCUGCGGGGUAUCGGCCGUCACCGCCUGUGAUCGUAUGUGUCAGAAAUGGGAGCCAGGCUGUCUGGAGUGAGACACCCACCUGCCAGCAGGAAAAGUGUGAAAUAUCCAGAACCUGGGACUCUGGAUUGCAGUUUGCCCACGAGGGGCAGUUCUACGCCCUGGGUGACUCACUGACGUUGAACUGCUCUGAGGGGUAUUGGCCGUCACCGCCUGUGAUCAAAUGUGUCAGAAAUGGGAGCCAGGCUGUCUGGAGUGAGAUACCCGCAUGCCGGGGGGUUUGUACGAUGGCAGGAAACUGGCCCCCGUCAGUCUCUGCUGCCUCUGCACGGACAGAGUUUGCCGUUGGCGAGAGCGUUCUGGUGACCUGUCGCCCGGAGCAGUACGAGGGGAGCCCGGCUUGGGUGCGAUGUACGGAGACGGCUGGGCGCGUGGAGUGGGACACGAGGAAUGUGAGCUGUGUGGAAAAGUGUAAAGCUCCAGACACCCGGGACUCCAGGGUCCGGUUCGCCCUCGAGCAGCAGUUUUACAGCCCAGGGGACUCGGUGACGUGGAGCUGCCCUGUGGGGUACCAGCCCUCGCAGCCUGACAUCAGAUGCACUAGACAGGGGAGCCAAAGUGUCUGGAGCGGGACAGCCGCCUGCGCUGAGGUUUGCACAAGGGCAGGAAACUGGCCCCCGUCGGUCUCUGCUGCCUCCCCACAGACAGAGUUUGCCGUUGGCGAGUGGGUUCAGGUGACCUGUCGCCCAGAGCAGUACGAGGGGAGCCCGGCUUGGGUGCGAUGUACGGAGACGGCUGGGCGCGUGGAGUGGGACACGAGGAAUGUGAGCUGUGUGGAGAAAUGUCCCAGGCCGCAGUGGGACCCCAGACUCCGGUUCGUGCCAGACCAGCCCUUUUAUGGCCAGAAUGAACAUACGACGCUGAGCUGCUCUGGGGGGUUCCAGCCUUCGCUCUCUGUGAUCAGAUGUGUCAGAUGGGGUCAGACCCGGAGUCACUGGAAUGCCUGGUCUGUGUGUGCCUGGGGCGCCUGCCGCCGUAUCACAGAGAACGUUACCUGUGCAGUGACCCCCCGGAUCAUCCCUGGGUCCCUGGAGAUUUCGCCCACCACCAUCAAACUGCACUGGACUUGUGAGCCCCCCAAAUCCUGCCAGGGCAGCUGGAAGAUACGGGCCCAAUGCCAGCUGGAUGGACCCCUGUCAGGCCCCUGCCAGAGACAAAGGCUAACCAGAGAGCAGCUGUUACAGGGACUGGAUGGAACAGUAACAUGCAGCUCCCUGCACCCCUUCACCUCCUACAGAGUCACUAUCUUUGGGGGCUACCCAGCGACCAGACCACCCAGCACUGUCCUUUAUAGACAGCGGGUCACCACGAGUGAAACAGCCCCAGACAAACCCGAGAUUGAGCCGCUGGAUCUCAGCACCAAAACACUCAAGUGGAAGCAGCUGCUGCCCUGCAAAGGGGCGAUCAUCGGGUAUCAGCUGAACAUCACGGCCUGGAGAGAGUACAACAGCGAUUUCCUCGAGGUCAAGGCGCUGCGGGUGAAUCAGUCGGUCACCAAGUACCUGCUGCAUCCCUGGAGACAUGGGACCAACUACACAGUGACAAUCCAGGGCCUCACGGCUGCCGGCCUUGGACAGGCUUCGCACUGGGACUUUGAAACUGACAUCUCUGAGCCAGACAUCCCCACCAACGUCACCGCCCUGAGCAUCUAUAGCAUCUCCCCAUCGAGUGGGACGGCUCUGCUCCCCCUGCAGCCCUUCCCUGAGCUCCAUGGACCCAUCAGGGAGUAUCAGAUCAUUGUAUCUGCGAUGCAGAAUGGCAGCGAAGCAGACACCUGCCGCUCACCAGGUCUGCAGCCAUUCAACUCCAGCCUGGAACGCGACGUGUACCUGGCUGCCGUGCUCCCCGCGCACAACCUCACAGGCCCAACUGACUUCGUGCUGGGCAAUGGGGCCCGUCACUACGGGUACUACAAUGCUCCCCUCCGUCCCCACAGGAACUACACGGCCUUCGUCCGCGUCGUCAGCCGCUGGAAGCAGAUGGAGAAAUCCAGCUGUGUGCGCUAUGACUUCUCCGUUGGAGAGGCCCAGACUCCCCAACCUGGGGGCCUGGUGCUAGCUGUGGCGGUGCCGGUGCUGGUGCUGCUGGCCGCAGGGGCCCUGCUGCUGUGGUUCGUGCUUGCCAGGAAGAAGCCGAACGACGCAAAUGACCACAAGAGCAAUGGGACAAUCCCCCUGAAGAGGAACCGAGGAGGUGCAAGCAGGCUGCGCACGGAGAUCCCGGUGGCUGAACUGCUGGAGUCUCUGAAGCGGUUUAAGAGAGCGGAAAUGGAGGAGGAGGAGGGAGCAGAGGACGACGCAAAUCCCGAACGGCCCCCAGCGGGGCGCAAUGCGGAGUACCAGACGAUCACUGCCGUGUGGUGCUGCAGUCCGCCAGCCCGGGAGCUGAUUACAUCAAUGCCAGCUACGUCGAUAGCUACAGGAGCCCCUGCUUCUUCAUCGCUGCUCAGGGCCCGCUGCCUGGCACCGUGGUGGAUUUCUGGCAGAUGAUCUGGCAGGAGAAGACCUUGGCCAUUGUGAUGUUAACGGGCUUGGUGGAGCAGAACAAGACCAAGUGUGAGCAGUACUGGCCGGAGGACAAGCAGGUGUACGGGGACUUCACGGUGACACUCAGCAACACCUGGACAACCAC